GGGAUGGACAUGGGGAUGAACCGGGGUUCGGGUACGCUGCCGCUUCGAGUUAUGUUCGUGUAAUUACUCUCGAGGUUAUAAUUUAAUGGAAAGGUGAGGUGAUGGCCGAGGUGACUUGGCGAUAGGUGAUAUGAGAGCGGCGCAAAUCUCAUCCAUAUGUACUAGGGACCUCCGACUUCCUAGCACACGCAGCUGAAGACACCAUUGGAACGUUCCCAGACAUCACACCGGUCAAAGUCGACAUUAUGAAGCUGCUACUCCUUCAAGCGCUGCUAUUCGCGGUCGCGGAUGCUUCAUUGAAGCCUCAAAUGGGAUGGAAUUCUUGGAAUACAUUCAAGGCCAACAUAAACGAAUCCACGAUUAAAAAUACGGCGACGGCAUUAGUUAAGCUAGGUCUAGCAGAUGCUGGCUAUGAAUAUGUGAUGAUAGACGCUGGCUGGCAGACCGACACAAGGGCAGCAAAUGGGCAACAGCAAGCUAACGCGACGCUGUUCCCAUCCGGAAUCAAGGGAAUCGCCGAUUAUGUCCACAGCUUGGGACUGAAAUUGGGGAUAUACAGCGACUCUGGCAUUUACGACUGCGACUUCCACCCGGGAAGUUGGGGUUACGAGGAACUUGAUGCAUAUACAUACGCAUCUUGGGGCAUCGAUUACCUUAAGUAUGAUAACUGUGGUGGUUUCCAGGCUGGUACGAUCUCAAGCCAAGAGAGAUUCCAAAAAAUGGGCCAGGCAUUAAAGACUUCCGGUCGCGACAUCUUCUAUGCGUUGUGCCAAUGGGGACAUCAGUUUCCUUGGUAUUGGGCGGACCAGAUCGCGAAUUCUUACCGCAUGUCUGGAGAUAUUCAGGCGUCAUUCGCGUCAGACAAGUCAGGCGUGUGUCAGACAGCCUAUUGCCUGAAUACAGGUUAUGCUGGAGUCAGUGUACUGACUAUGAUUCGCAAGAUGAGAGAGAUCUCUGCCUUCCAAUCGCCUGGAUCAUGGGCUGAUAUGGAUAUGCUUGAAAUAGGGACCAAUUCCAUGACCGAGUUUGAAGAGCAGACGCACUUUUCUUUCUGGGCUGCUCUCAAGUCGCCAUUGAUCAUUGGUGCUGACAUCACGAAUAUCUCAGCAUCUUCAUUAAAUAUCUUGCAAAAUAAGGAGGUAAUCGCUAUAUCCCAAGACAGGUUGGGUGCUGCUGCUAGCUACGUCCCUGAUCUAUCAACUGAAGGUUCGAUCCAAGUCUGGGGAGGACCAUUGAGCCAUCAAUAUGUUGCCCUCGCCCUCAACUAUGGCAAUAAGACUACGGAUAUUGGCAUAAAAUUGGACGGGUUGCCAGGACUGCGUCAAUUUUGCAAACAUAAGUCUGUGUCCAUAAGGGACAUAUGGGAUAAGAAAAACCUGGGGACCUUUACGGACGAGAUCCGACUGCAAAAUGUUUCCAUCCACCAGACCAAAUUGUUACUAAUGUCUUGUUAGAGGGGGAAGUGAAAUGGUGUAACUAGUAAUUAUAACCCAAUGCAAUGGUCUCUAUCUAGGUAGCUAAAAGUAACUAUGUGAUUAUUUAA